AUGGAAUUGAUAACCGAAUUUGUGGAGAAGGAAAACAUCUCGUUAGAGGGAGUGAGGCGGGCCGAGAUAUUGUUGGGGAGAGACACCAGGCCUAGUGGGGAGUCUCUACUUGAAGCUGCUAAACAAGGAAUCAGUUCAAUUCUUGGAGCAGUUGCCAUUGAUAUGGGAAUUGUGACAACCCCACAACUGCAUUGGAUGGUGCGUGCGAGAAAUAAGGCCAUAAAAGCAUCAGAACUUGAUUAUUUUGAACAACUAUCGAGCUCGUUCAGGUGCUUGAUUGAUUUGAUCCCAAGUGGAAGUAAGAUAAGUGAUGUGGAUGAAAAAUUGGUUGUUGAUGGGGCUAAUCGUGUGGGUGGAGAAAAGCUUGAAGUUUUUAGGAAAAUGUUGGAUGGUAUGGUUGUUGAGAUUCGUAAUUCUGGGAAAGAUGGAGGUGUGCUCAAUGAAGGUGUUGGUGCUGAUUAUGUGCAGAAGGAGAAGUUUGCUCCAAGUGGCUUUGGUUCCCAAGACGUUGGACUAAGGUGUGCUAGUUUAGAUGGGGAUGCUGAUCGACUGGUAUAUUUUUCUGUGCCAUCAAAAAGUUGCAAUAAUAUUGAUCUUGUUGAUGGGGACAAGAUAUUAUCUUUAUUUGCUAUCUUCAUCAAGGAGCAACUAAACACUCUCAGUAUGCAGGGUACUAAAAAUACGAGCAGUAGUUAUCAUGCUCGUCUUGGUGUUGUACAGACUGCAUAUGCGAAUGGAGCAUCAACAGAUUACCUCAAAAAGUUGGGCUUAGAAGUUGUGUUUACACCAACAGGAGUCAAAUACUUGCAUGAGAAAGCAGCUGAGUAUGAUAUUAGGAUCUAUUUUGAGGCUAAUGGCCAUGGAACCAUCAUAUUCUCAGAAUCUUUCCUAUGUUGGUUAGAGGCCAGAUAUCAGGAGUGUUCUUCAGUAUCUAAAGGUCCAGAACAGCAAAAGGCUGCUUUGAGACUAUUGGCUGUCAGUAAGUUGAUUAACCAAGCAGUUGGAGAUGCUCUGAGUGGGUUGCUCUUGGUGGAGGCCAUUUUGCAACAUAUGGGGUGGUCAAUACAGAGAUGGAGUGAGCUUUAUAAGGAUCUACCAAGUAGGCAGCUUAAGGUAAAAGUUGUGGACAGAACUGCUGUAAUCACAGCAAAUGCAGAAACUAUGGUCGUGAGGCCCCUUGGCAUUCAAGAAGCCAUUAAUGCUGAGACCGCAAAAUACCCUCGAGGCCGAUCUUUCAUACGACCAUCAGGUACGGAGGAUGUGAUACGAGUGUAUGCAGAAGCAUCCACGCAGGAAGCAGCUGACAGCCUAGCAAACUCUGUAGCAAGACUUGUGGACCAGUUCCUAGGCUUUGGCAGUUCAUAAAAGUAACCUCUAUCUUUUUUCCUUCAACUAAGUUGACAGAUGUGCUACAUGGAAAGGGUCAUCGUUAGACCAGUUUGAUUUUGAUGUUGUGAUAUUUGAUAUUGAUCAUUGCAAAUGUGGCUAAUUACUUAAUACUAUGAUUACCUUCUCUAAAUUU